AUGGAAACUCCAGAGACAAUCACCAGAGGCGACACCGCCAAAACGGCAGAGGUUUGCAAAGCACACGGCAUCACGCCGGAAGAGUUCUCGGAACUCCGUACCCGUGCUACAGCAGCCAAGGCAACCGCUUACUGCCCAUACAGCCAGUUCCGCGUUGGAGCUACAGUUCUUUCAAGCGAGGGCAAGCUCACAAGCGGUGCAAACGUCGAGAAUGCGUCGUACCCUGUUGGAACCUGUGCAGAGCGUGUGGCUCUCGGCACGGCUGUGACAGGCGGUCAUCGUGGGUUCCGAGCCAUCGCUGUAGCUACGGAUAUUGCGCCUCCUGCAAGCCCUUGUGGAAUGUGCAGACAGUUUAUUCGAGAGUUUUGCAAGUUGGAUACACCUAUUAUCAUGUUUGACAAGAAUGAGGACUUUGUAGUUGCAAAGUUGGGACAGCUUUUACCUAUGUCUUUUGGACCUGACCAGCUCCCGCCUCCUGGAGCUUCAAGGACUGAAUAG